GGAGGAGGAGGAGGAGGAAGAGAAUGAGAGUGAAGAAGAUGAAAGGGAGGAAAGACAAGAAGGUGUCCAAGCAAUGAAGGAGCGGGAUGAGCAAGUUAUUGAAGACGAGGAAGAUGAAGAUGAGGAAAAAUGUGACAAUGCAGAGGAUGAAGAGGAGGAGCAGGAUGACGAAUCGUCUGAUUCGAUGAAGGACGAAAAGGUCCACGAGACGGAUGAGGACGACAUCUAUGAGGAAGAGGAGGAAAGCACCGGACCUAAAGACGGUCCAGACGCUGAAAAGGAGCAGAUGAAGGAAGACGAUGAAGAUGAGGAGCAAGAGGAAGAGGAGGAGAAUCAAGCUGACAACGAGGAAGAAAGACCGGAAAAAGACGAGAAAAUGGGAAGGAAUGUCCCAAAAGUAGGAAAAGAAAAGGAAGAAGGGACAGAUGACGAAGAAGAUGAAGAGUUUCUGGAUGUUGAUGGAAAGAGAGGUGAAAGAAAAGAGGAUGAGGAGAAGCAGAUGAGCGAAUCAGAGGAGGAGGAUAAAAAUGAGGAUGACGAGGGAGAGGAGACCGAAGACGACUAUGAAGAUGCUGAUGAAGGAAAAGAGCUGGAAAAAGCAAAAGAGCAGGAUGAAGAUGUAAACCUGGGGGAGGAUGAGGAAGAGGUGGACGCAGAGGAAGAGGAGGAGGUUGCAGAUGGAAAACAAAAGAACGAAAAACUCAGCAAAGAGCAAGACGAGGAGGAGGACAGCCUGGAUUUAGAAAACGAUGAAGAACAGGAGAGACAGGAAGAUGAUGAAGAAGAGCAGGAAGGGCUGGACAAAAAACGGGAAAGAGAGGAAGAGGAGGAAGACAAAGACGCAAAACAAAAGAACGUCAAAGAUGGAGAAGAGGAAUCUCAUAGUCCAGAUCUAGAAGAUGACGAAGAACCGGGGGGUGAGGAAGAUGAUGAAGAAGAGGAGGAAGCUAAUGAAGACAUGAAGGCUCCUGAAAAUGACGAUGAAGAGGAGGAAGAUGAGACAGAAGAAACUGAAGACCAGAAGGACAAACCUAAUGAAGAGGAGGAGGAUGAAGAUGCAAUUAUUCAGGCGAAGAAGAUGGAAACCAAAACCAGCAGCUCUGAAGAUGAGGAGAACAACGAGGAAGAGGAAGAAGGAGAAGAAAAUUAUGAACACAAGAGUUGUGAAGAAGAGGAGGAUGAAGAAGUAGAUGAGGAAGAAGAUGAUAACGGAGAUGAUGAAGAGGAGGGCAGCAAGGUGGAGAUGGAAGAAAUCAACGAUUGUAAAGAUGAAGGUCAUGAGGAAGAUGGAGAACCUGCAGAAGAAAAUCCAGAGGAGGAAGGAAAAGCUGAGAAACGAGCUGAGGAAGAGGAGAUUUAUGGAGAUGAAGAGGAGAGAGAGGAGCAGAAGCUGACGAAGAGGAAGCAGAAACGGGUGAGAAACAAACCCGACGCUCCGCUCCACCUGCAGUUCCACAAACUGAACGCCUCCUUCUCCUCCUGGAGGCGCUCGUGGAUGGUCGCCGUGCCUCACCGAGGAGGUGAUGGAGGAGCCGAGGAGGAAGACCAGGAGGAGGAAGAGGAGGGGGCGGAGUGGCGGGCCUGGAGGGAAUCCUGGAGGAUCUGCCGCUGGAGGAAGCCGGACGAAGACGAGGUCAUGUGCUUCUCCACGGAGCACCGGAUUGGUCGGUACGUCUUAGUGAUGAUGGAGGACAGAACGGCGAACAGGGAAUGGGCCCAGAGCUGGAGGAUGAACGCAGAGAGGGGGGAAGAGGAGGAGGAGGAGGAGGAGGACGAAGAGGAUGAGGAGGAUGAGGAGGAUGAAGAAAGCUGAAAAAUCCACCAAUUUUGUGAACUGAGACAUUUCAUGAAUGCGUCCAGCUCCAUCAAGUCUGGUUUUUAAAAAAAAUCCACCAGAACUUUCCCAGAACUUACACCAUACUUUCU